AUGCGCUGAAAAGCACACACACUGGUUUACUCCAGGAAGAAGACACCGCUGGUGGUGUCUUACGGUUUCAUGCCUCUAGCUUUUUAAGAACAGUCGCUCACCCCUGCUGCGAGACCGAACUAUGUCUGUUUUAAUGUGACUCCCCCGGACUAGUUCCCCCUCCCGGCUUCAACGAACAUGGACUGGACUGUGAGCAGUCGGGCCCUGGUGUGGUGCAUUCUGGCACUGCUCUGCUGCGCGGUAUUUCCACAAAAGGGGCUGUGCAGUGCCAGCACAGUCGCGCUCCCUGAGAGUCUCCUCUUUGUGUCUACACUCGAUGGAAACCUGCAUGCUGUGAGCAAGAAAUCCGGCUCGAUCAAGUGGACUCUGAAAGAAGAUCCAGUUCUUCAGGUCCCGACCCACGUGGCAGAACCAGCCUUUUUGCCCGACCCCAAUGACGGCAGUCUCUAUUCUUUGGGAGGGAAGAAGAACGAAGGCUUGACCAAAUUGCCGUUCACAAUUCCAGAGUUGGUCCAAGCGUCUCCCUGCCGUAGCUCUGAUGGAAUCCUUUACAUGGGUAAGAAGCAAGACUUGUGGUACGUGGUGGACCUUCUGACUGGGGAGAAGCAGCAGACACUGACGUCUUCCUUCGCGGAGAUGUUGUGUCCGUCUUCGUCACUUCUCUAUCUGGGGCGCACUGAGUACACCAUCACCAUGUACGACACCAAGAGCAGAGAGCUCCGCUGGAAUGCCACCUACUCGGACUACGCCUCCACCCUUCCUGACGACGACAGCAAAUAUAAGAUGGCUCAUUUUGUGUCCAACGGGGACGGCCUGGUGGUGACCGUGGACAGCGAGUCUGGAGAUGUCCAGUGGGUCCAGAACUAUAACUCCCCCGUGGUGGCCAUGUAUAUCUGGCAGCGCGAGGGCCUGCGCAAAGUCUCCCACACCAACGUCGCCGUGGAAACCCUGCGGUACCUCACCUUUAUGUCGGGGGAAGUGGGGCGCAUCACCCAGUGGAAGUACCCUUUUCCCAAGGAGAUGAAGCCCAAGAAUAAGUUGAUGGCAACUCUGUACGUGGGCAAAUACUCCACCAGCCUGUAUGCGUCGCCCUCGCUGGUUCACGACGGAGUCACUGUGGUGCCUCGGGGAAGUUCCUUUCCCAUGCUGGAAGGUCCCGACAGCCUGGAGACGGACGAGGACAAAGAGUGCGUCAUCACGCCGAGCACCAGCGUCAAGUUUAACGCUGCGCUCCGAGAGAAGAACCGCAUCAACUUCAUGAGGAAUUCUCUCCUCCUCAUCGGACAUCAUGAGAUGCCUCCUGAAGCUCACCCCAAGAUCCUGGAGAAAUUCCCAGAAAGCUUCCCCCGCAACCAAGGCAACGUCAUCCCGCCCACGACUGACAAGAAAGUAGAAGAGAAGGUCAAUGACAGUGGCAUGGAUGAAGGCCCCGCCCCCUCUUUGCCGGACACGUCCAUCCAAGAGCCUGGCAUCAGCAGCCUCCCUACCCGAACCGAGGCUUCUGUGGAUUCCAUGCUGAAAGAUAUGGCCACCAUCAUCUUCUCUACCUUCUUGCUGGCAGGCUGGGUGGCCUUCGUGAUCACCUACCCGAAGAGUGUCCACAAGCAGCAGCAGCUGCAGCACCAGGAGUUCCAGAGACAGAUGGAGGAGCGCUUGGAGCUGUUGCAGAGGCAGCAGCCCUUCCCUCCCGCAGACAUGGGCCUGGCUCUGACCCCAGACAGUGACUACCUGGAGGUGGCUCACGCUCGCUCCGACUGCUCCGACCACAGCAGUCCAAACGUCACCCCUCGUGCCUCCAACCACUCCAACCUGUCUGUUUCUGAGCUGGGCUGCUCUGCUGCCGAGCAUGAAGACGGAGAUGAUGACUCCGUCUUGGUCAGAGUGGGAAACAUAACUUUUCAGCCCAAGCAGGUGUUGGGUCACGGCGCUGAGGGCACCAUCGUUUACAGGGGCCAGUUUGACAAUCGACCAGUGGCGGUGAAGAGGAUUCUGCCCGAAUGUUUCAGCUUCGCCGACCGCGAGGUUCAACUGCUGCGGGAGUCGGACGAGCACCCAAACGUCAUUCGGUACUUCUGCACGGAGCGGGACCGCCAGUUCCAGUACAUCGCCAUCGAGCUCUGCGCCGCCUCACUUCAAGAGUAUGUGGAACGGACGGACUUCGACCGUCACGGGCUGGAGCCAGUGGUGCUGCUGCAGCAAACCAUGUCGGGGCUCGCUCAUCUCCACUCUCUCAACAUCGUCCACAGAGACCUGAAACCUCACAACAUCCUGGUGUCCAUGCCCAACGCACAUGGCCGGGUUCGUGCCAUGAUCUCUGACUUUGGCUUGUGCAAGAAAUUGGCCGUCGGCCGACACAGCUUCAGCAGGAGGUCCGGGGUUCCGGGCACGGAGGGCUGGAUCGCCCCGGAGGUGCUCAGCGAGGACUGCAAAGAUAAUCCGACCUGCGCCGUCGACAUCUUCUCCGCUGGUUGCGUCUUUUACUAUGUGGUGUCCCAGGGAUCCCACCCUUUUGGAAAAUCCCUGCAAAGGCAGGCCAACAUCCUGCUGGGAACCUGCAGCCUCCAGCACCUCCAGCCGGAUGUGCACGGUGACAUCGUGGCGCGUGACCUCAUCGAGAAAAUGUUGAGCGAGAAGCCUCACCAGCGUCCGGCGGCGGAGUGCGUCCUCAAACACCCCUUCUUCUGGAGCCUGGAGAAAGAGCUGCAGUUCUUUCAGGAUGUGAGCGACAGAAUCGAGAAGGAGCCCCUGGACGGACCCAUCGUCCGGCGGCUGGAGUACGGUGGCCGAGCGGUGGUGAAGGGUGACUGGAGGGAGCACAUCACCGUGCCGCUGCAGACAGAUUUGAGGAAGUUCCGUUCCUACAAGGGCGGCUCAGUGCGAGACCUCCUCCGAGCCAUGAGGAACAAGAAACAUCAUUACCGGGAGCUGCCGUCGGAGGUGCAGGACACUCUGGGUUCCAUCCCUGAUGACUUUGUCUCCUACUUCACCUCACGUUUCCCUCACCUGCUGAUGCACACAUACCUGGCCAUGCGGACCUGCACACAGGAAAGGCCUUUCUUGCCUUACUACUCCACUGCUGAGCAGUUCUUAAAGACAGACGCCCUCCACACGCACCAAAGGCCACGGGGCCACACCAAGACUCACACCAGUGCACCCGCACCUCCGUCCCAGACCCAGGAGUUGACCCCAGUGUUGAACACUGACAAACCCCUGGAGUCCGCUCCCUGCAGUGACGAGCCGGAGCAGACACACAGUAACCUGCACUGUCACACUCACUGCCAAAAAGAGCCGCACCCUUCCACAGCGAUCAGCGAACCAGAGUGACCCGCACCGCAGACGUUUUGACCCACGUCCGCACUGCCUUAGAGGCCAAGCAGCUGUGUGCUGACGAGGACCAGGCCUGCAGCGCCUGGGAUCCCCCACCAGACUCAGCUGUCCACCCUCCAGCCAAGUGCCUCCUUCUGCUCCCAAGGCUUUCAUGACGAACCAUCCUGCUGUAGUGAGCUCCCGACACCAAUAGGGGCGCUGUUUCUCGCUCUGCUACACAGGCGUUUCACUAUUUUGUAUUGGCGUGGCAAAAACGCCUCUUGGUGUCUGAAAUGUCGUCGAGCAUGCCGUGUUCUCACGUGCACCUUUUCACCGCAGAAGUAUGGGAUGCAGAUAUGCUGUUUUAUACGAUUAAGAUCUUUGAUGUCGAAUCAUCUAAUGUUGUGCCUUUUGUAUUUUUUUUUAUUUUUUAUUCACCUUCUGGGUUCAGAUCUUUUAAUGAACUAUGCUUAAUGCUGCUAAAUCGCUUGUCAGUAAUUUAAAAUUGUGGUGUUUACAAUGUUUUAUACAAUGCAGGAGGUGGAGUCAUGCAAGUGUUCGCAUUUGAGUUUGUUUUAAUUGGUCAUGUUUUUUAAGAGUAGGCUUUUUUUUUUUUUUUUUUUUUUUUUUACUUCCUCUCUGUGACUCGUAUUUUCUUUGCUCAUUCGCGACAAAGCCUGUUCAAUUGUGACAAAGAUUUUUAAUAAAUUAUAUAUAACACAUUUCUCACUUUUCCUGCUGCCUCAAACAUCACCAGCAGCUGUUUAGGAGCAAGUAUUU